CACACACACACUUCAGUUACCGCUAGUGUGUGGUUGGUGUGAAGUCACUCUAACUAUUGCUACUAACACAGGAAGUACAAAAAUAAGCCAGACAGGAAGAUAGACUAAAGGAAAGUGAAGAAAAACAAAUGGUAAAUUAAUAUGGACAAGAAAAUAGAUAGAAUAGGUAAAAUAGAUCAAAAAUAAAUGAAAUGUGUAACUAAGAAGAGGAAAUACAAUAGAUAACACGAAUAAAUGAGAAAACACAUGACAAAAUAUAGAAACAAGAAGAAAAAACAUUAAAAACACCAGAAAUAAGACGAAGAUAUAAGCAAAAUCACAAUUAAAUACAAAAACAAUUGAAUUUACCCACCAAAGAAAACGGAAAAAAUAGAGAAAACUUUAAUAUUUUAAGGGAAACUCCACAAAACUUAAGGUACUUGAUUUAUUUACUGACAUCCACCAAGACACAAGUGGAAUGGCGAGGUGGAAGCUGCUACUCAGGAGGUGGAGGAACAGAGAGGACGCUGCCACACUGCUCGGCCUCGUAAGGUACGUGCCCUACAUAGCGUGCGUGGUUGCCCUCAAGGUGUACGUGGUAAUGCUGCUUCUGCACGUGCACGAUCGACAAGGUUACGUGCAAGAUGACUAUGUGGAAUAUAGUGACGUGCUGCCCAGGCACAAGCACCGCACCACCACCACCACCACCACAACCACAGAAGAACCAGGCUGGAGAGAGAAGCAGGUGGUGUUGUCAAGGCUCAACACCACAGAAAUUCACGCAACACCAGCCAAUAGAACACCAGACACCAUUUGGCUUUUCUUCAACAGAGUUCCUCGCACGGCAGGACAGACGCUUGUAGGCCUAAUGAAAAGUUUAGCCCCAGAUCUGAACUAUCAACACCAGGAACAUGUGUACAGGACCCCGUGGCAAAGGCUAAUGACAGAGGAGGAACAGCGCAAUCUGGGCACUUGGUUUGAGUACAACUUUUGGCCCAAGAGCUAUGACAGGUUCUCCUUGUUCAUCAACUUCACUCAGCACAGGAGCCGGUACGUGACGAUGCGCCCAGCCUUCGUGACCUUAGUUCGUGACCCCGUGGACAAAUACGCGUCUUACUUCCGUUUCAAGAGAGUGGAUAUCGAAAGGGUUAAACUGGAGAUGAGUGCGCGGGAGAGGAAGACGCCGGGCAGUGGUCGCGUGUGGUACUGGCGGAAGCUGGAGCAGUGCCUGACUGAGGGUGACCCGGAGUGUGACCUCAAGGACGGGUCACGUGACUUCACCUCCGAUCCCUUCCUGUGUGGGCAGCAUGAGCAGUGUUUGCGCGUGGGUGACCGGUGGGCGCUGCAGAAGGCGAAGUACAAUGCAGAGUUUGAGUAUUCUGUGGUGGGACUGACGGAGCAUUGGAACAUGACUCUGGCUGUGCUGGAGAACUAUUUGCCUCUCUUCUUCCGCGGGGCACGGCAACGCUACUGGAGUGAAGAGUUCGCCAGCCAGCGGUACAUCAACAAGAACCCCAAAAAAUACAAGGAAAUGAAGGAGGAGGUUAAGUAUUUCCUGAAGGAGAGACUGUCACUUGAGUAUGAGCUGUAUCAAUUCCUUCAGCAGCGUCUACACCUUCAGUACCAGAGUCUUACAGAGGUCCUGGCCCGCCCCACCACGCCCCUCCCCACUAGACCCUCCCAGGUGCCCAAGUGGGGGAUCUGGGAUAGGGUUGAAAACGAUUUAGCAAGGGAUGUAUAAGAUUGGAUCCCUUUUGUUAGUGUUCGAUUGCUUUUGGUUUGUGUUUUGGGGUUUUGUUUGUUGUGAUGUGGGUUUUUUUUUUUUUUUUUUUGUAUUUUUGUUUUCUAUGGAUGUUGAAGUUGUUGUAGUGG